AUGUCUUCGUUAGCAGGUACGUUACCACUCAUCCAAAAGAAUAUCCUUUUUGGUUUAUCAUGGCUGUACGUUUCCUUUGGUGUAACUGGGUGUAUUUUGAAUAUAUUCCUUUUUUCUCGAAAGCAAUUUCGAACAACGUCGUGCUGCAAAUAUUUCUUAGCAUCAUCGGUCGGAAUGUUAUGUAAUCUGUUGAUUUACUCCAUUCCAACUAUUUAUGGUUAUUACUAUACUAAUCCACUCACAUAUAACGUUCCGUUUUGCAAAUUUCGUUCUUAUUUCAAUCAUAUCACUUCGGUUAUCUUUCGCUUGAUAUUGAGUGCAGCGUCUUUCGACCGUUUUGCAUUAUCAUCAUCGAACGUCCGUUUAAGAAACUUGGCCAAUGUCAAAUUUGUAUAUCGGAUCAUCGCUUCGAUCGUUAUUCUUGCUUUCCUGGUACAUAUCUACAUGUUGAUCGUUUAUAACAUCAAAUCUAACAGUUGUUAUAAUUCUCUCGAUGCAGUUGGGAUAACUUUAGUGAGUAUUUUUGCUUUAACCAACAAUUCGUUUUUACCGACAACAUUAAUGGUCAUUUUUACAAUAUUUAUUCGAAAAAAUCUUGCAACAAGACGAGAACGUCGUCAAAGAGGUUCUGUGCAAGUAGCGAGAGUCAAUCAAAACAAAGAAAUUCAAUUCAAGCGUGAUCAACAAGUUCUCAGAAUGCUAUUCGUGCAGGUCAUCGCAUUUUUUGUCAUCACAUCACCAUAUAUGGUCUAUAGUAUCAAUAACAUUAUCUCUCCUUACAUUCAAAAUAAAAGUUCUGAUCGUGUGGCAAUAGAAAACUUUGUCACAGGUAUCUCUGGCGGAUUAUCUUAUGUAUUUCCUGCGGUAUCAUUUUAUCUUUAUACAUUAACAUCAAGCUUAUUUCGAAAUGAAUUGUAUCUGAUGCUAAGAUCUUCGUUUUGCUUUUGUUGUCGAAACCAACAUCAACACAUCCAACAAAUUAAUUAA